CUCCUCAUCCAUUGUUUCGUGCGUUAAGCGUGAUCACAGCUUUCACUGAGAGCGCUUGCGUUCGUGAUUCCUUCUCAGCGAAGGCAUUCCCAUCUGGAGUGCUCUUCUGCUAAUUGUUUUUAGUUUUCGUUGAUUUUAUCAAGCUCUUGCCUUGUUCAUUAAGGUUUCUUCGAGGCUUCGAAGUAUCUUCUCUCGGCGGCAACGCUUGUACUGUAAUCAGGUGCUCAACAAUGACUGUCACACCAAAAAUCUCCGUCAACGAUGGGAAGCUGGUUGUUCACGGCAAGACGAUCCUCACUGGAGUGCCAGACAACGUUGUCUUGACUCCAGCUUCAGGGGUGGGGCUUGUUGAAGGUGCAUUCAUUGGUGCUGCUGCUUCUCACACCAAAAGUUUCCACGUCUUUCCCGUGGGUGUUUUAGAGGAUCUCCGUUUCAUGUGCUGCUUCCGGUUCAAAUUAUGGUGGAUGACACAGAGAAUGGGAAAAUGUGGAAAAGAUAUUCCUCUGGAGACUCAAUUCAUGCUCAUCGAGAGCAAGGAUGGAGGUGAAGGAGUCUAUCAAGAUGAUUCCCAGACUGUCUACACAGUCUUCCUUCCUCUCCUUGAGGGCCAGUUCCGUGCUGCUCUGCAAGGCAACGAGAAGAAUGAGCUAGAGAUUUGCCUUGAGAGUGGAGAUAAUGCUGUUGAAACAAACCAAGGCCUUUACCUUGUCUACAUGCAUGCUGGGACCAACCCCUUUGAAGUCAUCAACCAGGCAGUAAAGGCUGUUGAAAAACACAUGCAAACUUUUCUUCAUCGUGAAAAGAAAAAGUUGCCUUCUUUUAUUGAUUGGUUUGGCUGGUGCACAUGGGAUGCUUUCUACACAGAUGUCACGGCCGAGGGUGUUGAAGAAGGCCUUGCAAGCUUAUCGAAGGGAGGAACUCCUCCACGAUUUUUAAUCAUAGAUGAUGGUUGGCAACAAAUUGAAAAGAAAGAGACGGAAGCUGAUUGCCUUGUACAAGAAGGAGCACAGUUUGCAAGUCGACUCAGUGGCAUCAAAGAGAAUUCCAAAUUCCAGAAGAAUGGACAAAACAAUGAGCCUAGCUCAGGUUUGAAGCAUGUUGUGGAGGAUGCUAAGAAACGUCACAACGUGAAGUAUGUGUAUGUGUGGCAUGCUCUGGCUGGCUACUGGGGAGGUGUAAAACCUGCAGCCGCUGGCAUGGAACAUUAUGACUCGGCAUUGGCAUACCCAGUCUCAUCCCCUGGUGUGCUAGGCAACCAACCAGACAUUGUUAUGGAUAGCCUUGCUGUUCACGGGCUUGGUUUGGUUCAUCCAAGGAAAGUUUUUAACUUCUACAAUGAGCUCCAUUCAUACUUGGCAUCCUGUGGAGUAGAUGGAGUGAAAGUUGAUGUCCAGAAUAUCAUUGAGACUCUUGGUGCUGGUCAUGGCGGAAGAGUAUCUCUCACUCGUGCCUACGUCCAAGGUCUGGAAGCUUCAAUUGCACGCAACUUCACCGACAAUGGCUGCAUUGCGUGCAUGUGUCAUAACACCGAUGGAAUCUAUAGUUCCAAGCAGACGGCCAUAGUGAGAGCCUCUGAUGAUUAUUAUCCUCGAGAUCCUGCUUCCCAUACCAUUCACAUUUCCUCUGUGGCUUACAAUACUCUCUUCCUUGGAGAAUUUAUGCAACCUGACUGGGAUAUGUUCCAUAGUUUGCAUCCAACUGCAGAUUAUCAUGCUGCAGCUCGGGCAAUUGGUGGGUGUCCAAUAUAUGUGAGUGAUAAGCCUGGCAACCACAACUUUGAACUUUUGAAGAAGCUGGUCCUUCCUGAUGGAACAGUUCUUCGUGCCCAACUACCUGGCAGACCCACUCGUGAUUGUCUCUUUGCUGAUCCUGCUAGAGAUGGGACCAGCUUGCUGAAGGUGUGGAAUGCAAACAAGUGCAGUGGGGUUGUCGGGAUUUUCAAUUGUCAAGGUGCUGGUUGGUGUAAGGUCGAGAAGAAGACCCGCAUCCAUGAUGCAUCUCCUGGUACUCUGACAGGUUCCGUCCGUGCCACUGAUGUUGAUGUCAUUGCUCAAGUUGGUGGUGCUGAUUGGGAAGGGGAGACAGUAGUCUAUGCUUAUAGAUCAGGAGAGGUGAUUCGGUUACCGAAAGGCUCUUCAGUGCCAGUAACACUUCAGGUUAUGGAGUAUGAACUCUUCCAUUUUUGCCCACUCAAGGAGGUCACUGCCAACAUUUCCUUUGCACCAAUAGGCCUGCUUGAUAUGUUCAACUCUGGUGGUGCUGUGGAGCGGUUUGACAUUCAUUUGACUGAAAAGAAACCAGAGCUCUUUGACGGUGAAGUCUCAUCAGAGAUGACAAUUCCACUCAGUGAAGGCCGUUCUCCCACAGCAACAAUUGCACUCAAGGUCCGGGGUUGUGGACGCUUUGGUGCUUACUCUUCUCAAUGCCCACUUAAAUGCACUGUACUUGAUGUUGAAACCGAGUUCAGCUAUGACCCUGUGACUGGAUUAGUGUCCCUCACUCUUCCAGUGCCAGAGGAGGAGAUGUACAGAUGGCCCGUUGAGAUCCAAGUUUAAGUUAAUCCAGAUUGUGAUUUUAGAUGUUGUAAUCGAGAGCGCGUUGGGGGUAUUGCCCCCUCACUUGGGUGGGAUGACAUCAAGUGCUGAUCUAUAAGUAUUCAGGGAUAAGAGUGAGGGAGUCUCACAUUUAAGAGUUUAGAUGCUCUGCUGCUGCUGCAGCUCCAGCUCCAGUGCCGUUUGGUCGGUUUUCUCAGUAUUAAGUAAUAACAAUGCCCUCUCUGAAAUUUGUGGUUUCCUGGUUAUGAUGUAAAAUUGCAGUAAUAAAAAUGGUCUUUUUAAAUUCCAAUAUGAGUUGGUCCUUUUCUCUU